UGUUGCAGUCGUGGCUUGAAAUCCAACUUGGUUGCUGUUCCGUGCUCCUCUUCCAGCAGCUUUUCAGAGAUUAUGUGUGAAUUUCAUUGAUAUUCAAAUUUUGUGCCUGCAUUUUCUUCUUCAACAAGGAUGACGUUCAUCAGCUUCAGAGGAAUUCGGAUUUUUGUGGCUCGUCGAAAAUCAUCUAUUUUAUUAUGCAUUGGACUAUUUUUCUUUUUCUUUUUGAUUCACGAAAAUAAAGGCGGAAAAUCUUCAAAUACUAAAACAACCAAGUACAAUUUACUGGAAGAGACCAAACAAUCUCAACACGUCAAAGAAUGCACCCUAGAAUAUGCCAACACCCAUCGGUUGCAACAAGAUCAUCCAUGUGUACUAGAUCUCAUUCGACAGCGAUAUUUGAAAAAACCCUGGGGACCAGAAGUCCCACUAGAUUUACACAAUCCACAAACAGCCGAUCCAUCUGCUGGUCAAGCCAAAGCAGUUAUGAGAAUAUUACGCAACCAAAGGAAUGGCUUCUUUGUGGAAUGUGGUGCCUCAGAUGGGGAAUUCUUGUCAAAUACGCUUUACAUGGAACGAUACAAAAAUUGGACAGGACUUUUGAUCGAACCGGACCGUGGAUCGUACGAUUCUCUGUUGACCCGUAAAAGAAAAGCAACGCAUGUUCCUGCUUGUCUCAGUUUGGAAACUUACCCUACUGAAGUCUCUUUCAAAUCAGUUUUCCAAGUUGGAAGCAUCCAAGAAAAGUCUUCCUGGUUUGGAAACGAUCAACUAAUAACAGUACAAUGUUUUCCAUUCUAUUCGUUUCUUCUAGCCUAUGGGCGGACUUCUGUGGAUUUUUUCAGCCUCGAUAUCGAAGGCCAUGAGCUUAAAGUACUUAAAACGAUACCCUGGCACAAAGUUGAUAUUAAGACGAUAGUGGUUGAGUGGGAACACGUAGACGAAGGCGAGGAAGCUAUAGUGAAAUUCAUGGAAGAAAGUGGGUUUGUCAAUUUUGGCAAGAUUGCAACACCAUAUGCCCGUGACAUUGUUUUCGUGAAAGACUUCCUGAGUGAUUUGCGAUACGACUAUGACGACUGAAUAUUACGUAGCCGAAUGUUAUGUUUGGGCAGCAGUUGGACGCGAAUACAAAUUGAAAUUACUGCCAA